CACAAGAGGCUCUCAGCUUUGAGCGUUUGGCUGUAGUUAACUCUCUCUAGGCCUAACAAACAAAAACAACUAACAGAUGAACCUGAACCGCUUUAGAAUUAUGUUGAGUUGAAUACAGACCAUCGGACUGAAAACACUAGACCAUUAUUUAUUACUCUAAAAGGGGACACAAUGAAGAUGGAACUGGAUUACAGAAAAUCACACCGGCACUGAGGCCUGAGGAACAGCAUUUUCUUCUUGAAAGGCAAUUUAUCUUGAGCUGAACAUGACAGACUAUGAAGUGUCUGUUCAGCAGCUCAAUGAUCUGUUGAUAGAUGAAAACGGAGACUUCUGCAUGCCCUCCAAACAUUUUAAUGAAGUCUACCCGGGGAUACUCCUAGGAAACGAGUCUGUAGCUACAAAUGUAACACAUUUGCAACAGCUGGGAGUGACACACAUCCUCAAUGCUGCAGAAGGCCAGUCAGACAUGCAUGUGAACACGGAUGCAGAGUUCUAUGCAGACACAGGGAUCAUCUAUCAUGGGAUACCAGCCUUCGACACUGACCAUUUUGACCUCAGCGUAUAUUUUGAAGAGGCUUCUGAUUUCAUUGAAAGAGCUUUGGCAAUGCAAGGUCUGAAGGGUCUUGGUAAAGUGUAUGUACACUGUCAGAAAGGCUACAGUCGUUCGGCUGCGCUAGUUAUCGCACACCUGAUGCUGCAGCACAGGAUGGAUGUAAGAGCUGCUGUGUCCACAGUGAGAGAGAAACGGGAGAUCGGACCCAAUGACGGAUUCCUGCGCCAGCUCUGCCAGCUGAACGAUCGGCUGGAAGGUGAAGGAAGGCUGUAUGUUGAUAAUACCUAAAUAUAUACAUCUGAAAUGACUAAUAGCUAAAUAAAUGUUCACAAUUUU